AUGAGUGAAUCUGACGGAAGACCUGGAGGCUAUAGUAAUCUCCAAGAGGCAGAGACAAAACCGUUUACUGAGGAGUCGGAUCGUCCUAACGAAAACUGUAAAGAACCGGUUAAAGCGAAACGCGUUCCAUUUCUAAAACGAAUUCUAGCAUGGAGGAAAUACAUAAUACUGAUCAUGACGCCGAUACUACUGAUGCCUUUACCCAUCGCUGUGAGAGGAACGGAGUCCCGCUGUGCGUACUGUAUCCUGAUCAUGGCGGUGUACUGGGUGACAGAGGUUGUGAAGUUGGCCGUCACAGCUCUUCUCCCAUUGGUUCUUUUCCCCCUAUUUGGAGUCCUGGGCUCUAAAAAAGUCUCCACUCCUUACUUCAAAGACACAAAUGUUCUAUUUUUCGGCGGCCUAAUCGUAGCUGUGGCUGUUGAACAGUGGAACUUGCACAAGCGGAUCGCUCUUCGUGUUCUCUUGCUGGUCGGAGCUCAGCCACGACGCAACACAGCUACCACUACCAUGAUGGUACCGAUUGUCGAAGCAGUGUUGGGAGAAAUAAAAAACGAAAAUAUAAAAAUUCGGCCAGGGAAUAACAGCAUUGACAACGAACAGGAAAAUGACAAUGCUUCCUUGGAACUUAGCGACAGGAGCAAAGUCAAAGAAGAAGACUAUGCGGUCGGAGUCCAGGAACAUAAAAUAACAAAAGAAUUGGGCGAAGAUGAAACUGACCUCUGUGCUAAGAGAGAAGACAGAAUGGCUGCUGUAAACUUAUUGGAAGGAGACGAGGAAGCUAACGAAGCAGAAACUCAAUACUUCAACAGACUCUGCAAGGCAAUGAUGUUAGCUGUGGCUUACGCUGCAAACAUUGGUGGUACAGCCACCCUGACGGGCACUGGUCCAAAUCUGGUGUUUGGUGGACAGGCAGGCCUUCUUUUUCCGAAAAGCGGAGGAUUUAGCUUUGCCUCAUGGUUCGGUUAUGCUUUCCCUCAAAUGGUGAUUCUUCUGUUUGUGGCCUGGAUCUGGAUUCAGUUACUGUUCCUUGUGAGAAAGCCUCCACCCAGUCUCUUGCAGUUUAAGACGAUGUCUAAAAGGUUUCCAUGGCACCUUGUCAUGCUGCUUGGAAGUGGAUUUGCUCUGGCGGAAGCUUGUAAAGUUUCAGGUCUGUCUGAGUGGGUUGGUGCCCAGCUAAGGCAACUUGAUGCCAUUCCAAGUUACGCUAUCGUGAUGUGUGUCUGUAUCAUGAUCACCACAUUCACUGAAUUCACUUCUAACGUAGCAACAGCCACCAUUUUUCUACCCAUACUGGCCUCCUUGGCAAAAGCGAUCAAGGUUCAUCCCUGGUACAUCAUGAUUCCUGCUACAAUUUCUUUCUCGUUCGCUUUCAUGUUACCAGUUGCCACACCUCCAAAUGCCAUCGUGUUUGCCGGCGGACAUCUUAAGGUUAAGGACAUGGCAAAAGCAGGUUCGGGAAUGAAUCUCCUGGCAGUAAUAGUGCUGGUGAUUUGUAUGAACACAUACGGAGUACCAAUGUUUGACCUGCAUGACUUCCCAGACUGGGCUGGAAGCAGCGGUGCAAUCAGUGCUACUGCGACUCCGACUCCCUCUGGCAAUAUCACGUUGUUAUGCCUUAACUUUACUUCUUCGUAAACUUUGGGUUCGCUCGUAAUUUGACAACUUUUAGAUUGAGGAGUUA